UGUUGUACUAAGCUAAAUGAGUCAAAAUCUAGCAAAUUUCUUUACGUCAAUAUUUGGGCAUAAACUUAACAGGCCCAAGGUAUUGAGCAGAGUGGAUUACCUUUAGGACUUUUGUCCCUUUUCGCUUUCCUUAGUCAUCCACCGGCGGAAAAGUUUGCUUGAUGAGCAACGUACUGAACUAAAAUGUUUACUUAUAAGAGGAUAUAAGCAGAUGUUAUUAAGGAAGGCAUGAAGCAUUGGUCGACAGCGACCCCUGGUGCUACAUCUGACAGGGAGGUUCCUGUUAUACGCCUCCAAUCGGAUGCAGAACUAUGGAAAAUUUAUGAAUUUGGAAAGACAUUGGGUCAAGGAAGUUUUGGAAUUGUUUAUGAAGCCACUCACAUCGCGACACAAACACAAUGGGCAAUAAAGGAGGUUCGCAAACCAGCGGCAGGAAGUUCAAAGUUUAAGAUGUUGGAUAACGAAAUAAACAUCCUCAAGCAAGUAAACCAUGCUCACAUAAUACAUCUUGAAGUAACCUACAAUACACCUACGAAGAUUUGUCUGGUCACUGAGCUCUGCAGAGGAGGCACCUUGAAGCAGCAGCUCCAUCAAAAAAAAUUCUUUACAGAGGAUGAAACGAGAAAAAUUAUAUAUUAUUUAGCUGAUGCAGUCGUCUACCUUCAUAAAAGAGAUAUAGUGCAUCGAGACCUGAAACUUGAAAACAUUCUUGUGAAGAAUUCUCUUGAUGAUAAUGAAGACAGGUUUGACAUUAAGGUGGCAGACUUCGGACUGUCAGUGAAGGCAGACGGUGUUGGGAUUAGGAAGGUAUUGACGGAUGCCUGUGGGACUCUUCUCUAUAUGGCCCCUGAAAUGAUGAGUGGCCGCGGUUACAGCCAUUGGUGUGAUGUUUGGAGCAUCGGAGUCAUUAUGUUUAUGCUGCUUUGUGGAGAGCCUCCAUUUCAUUCCAAAUCAAAGGAGAGACUGCUCAAGAAAAUUAUGCGCAAGGAAGUACAAUUUACUCAACCCAUAUGGGCCACAGUUAGUGAUGGAGGAAAAUAUCUCUUGACUUGCCUUCUAAAGGCUGACCCUGCUUACCGCAUGUCUGCUCAUCAACUGCUAGAUCAUCCCUGGAUUACAGGUGAUACAACUGUGCCUGUGGGCCCGAGCAACGUGUUGGAGAUGAUGAAUCGCUAUGUGGAAAACGAAGAAGGAAGUGAGACUGAGAAUGAGUCUUUGUCCACCUCUUCGGAGGAUGCUGAAGAGCCAUGCCUGGACAUUAUCCGCUUGCCCCAAAAGAAAGGCAGCGUUUGUGAGUCCACAAAGGUUGCAGAAGCAAAGGUUUCCCCUGAGAGAAGCACCUCCAGACCAUCUACAUCUACCAAGCUGCAUCGUAGUAGAAAAAGUUCAACCCAGCUGAGUGCAGUAUCGCAAAAAUCUUCAGACAAGAUGGAUACACCACUGAAGUCGAUCAGUCAGUCAACAAAGUCAGAGGAGCGGGGACAUUCUUCUAGCCGUAAAACAGAAACACCUCUGUCACAUGGCAAAGCAAAAAAGCAACACAGAAAAAAAAAGAAAAUAAAGGAUAAAUCCAACUCAUCAGAGCCAAAAAGCAAAACGCCAGAUAAAAAAGAAAUAAAGGGGAAAAAAUAAGUUGUAUCAAUCAUAUGAGAAGAUGUAGAAGAGAAUUGUAGUGUUUUGAUAAUUUUAAUAUUUAUUUAUUUUUGUUUUUUAUUUUUGGUUUUAGCAGAUGUGGUGCUACCCCAACUGUGCUGGCUGGGGAGGAAGCAGAGGCUGUAGUGUCAAAGGAACGGGCCUCACAUGUAAUGUGGCAAUAGUUCAAUAUGCCCAAACCCAUUGCACUUUGGGUGUGCAGCCUAAGCAGUGCUACCUUGUGCCAAUGCAAAGGCUCUACUCUGAGCUGUUUUUCCAGCUAGAUAAAAGUAAAAUCAUCAGACAGGUAAAACAUGGUAUUUUUUUUAAGAGAAGUUAACAAGGGAGAAUGAAUACUUUCUUAUCAGGGUCUCUCAAUACAGUUACUUUACAGAAAAAUAGAUUCAGUGAAAGAAAGUUACCUUGGAAACUUACACAAAGUGAAUGCAGUAGUCAUCGGUUUAUUGCUGCUAGCCAAUAAUAUAAAUGUUAUCUUUUUUCUUUUAUUCUGCUAAUAUUUUCCUUUUUACAUUGUAUUCUUGUCUUGUUUCACUGCUACAAAUUUGGCACUAGGCUAAAUGUAGUGUGUGAAUUUUAUUUUACAUAUGUGCAUGCUACUGUGGCACAUGUACACAUCCAGGGUUUGAUUUGUGUUUUAAGAAUUACAUAUUUGACUGCAGAGACACCAAAACAAGAAUACAAACGAUUAGUUUGGAUAUCAUUUCACAACACCGAACUAAGCAAAAGGGAUUUUGCUCCCUUUGUGCUCUGACCUCUCAAUCCCAAAGCGUUGCAUAUGCAGUGACUGCGCCCACUCAGUGUCAAAACAGAGAAACUGUCACACAGGCUGGUUACGCUCCAUCUAAAUGCAGAGGAUUGGGACUGAGGGCAGCCACGGGUCUAAUCUCGUUUGGAGGCCACUGAAAGCAGCAGCAGCUACUUUGAGGGCACUGCCAUUCAAGCACAGGUUUUUUUUCCCCCCGCUGUAGAGAGAAUAAUCCCCAGCACAGAUACAACAUUAACGUAUCCAAGCAUAACACACAGAGGGUGAAUUUCAAAUCCACCCAUUUGCAUCUUGAAGUGAAUGAGUGCCAACAAUGGGCCCGUGUUCCUCCACAGGCUUUAUGUUUUAGUGCACAUGUGAGAACGUAGCCUGAUCAGUUUUAUAUUUAUGUUUUUAGGACACAAGCGAUUGUUGAUAAAAGCUGCUUGCCAAAAAAAAAAUAAAUAAAGGACUGCUCUGCUACUGCAGAAUUACUGACACGCUGAAUGUCUCUGGUUUACUCAGAUUGCUAUAAAACAGCAGAUGAAGCAGUAGUUAGUUGCUGAAUUCAUUAAUUUGAGCUGUACCUAAAGCUACCUAAUUUUCAGCAUGAGGAUGUGUAAUUAGAAUUGAGUGCUUGAGCCACUGCCCAUUAAAAAAUGUGAUUUCCAUGUAAUCUGUCUCUAAUUAAUAUGUUGUAUGCUUAUACCUCGACGGUCCUUGUAGUUAAAAUAAAAUUGUUAA